UGUAUUGAAGAGUGACUUCCCUUUGAAAAUGGCAUCGCCUUCGCCAGAUCCAACAUUUACAAAAGAAGAAAUAAAGAGGAACCUAUUUAAAUCACCAAAUGUAGAAGCAGACAGAAUGACAGAUAGCAGUUCAGCCUUGUCAUUAAUGAAUAGGUUACAGAUAGAUUAUGAAAUAGAAAUGAGUAAGAAAUUAAUGCAAAAAGACGACAUGCAUGAGCAGAGACUGAAACAAUUACGACAAAAGCUGAAAAGUCUUAGUGAUGAUGACUGGAUGUACCCAUCGGUGGAAAAAUUGCUGGGACUGAGUUAAUCAGAAAAAAUUAUUACCUAUAAAAAAAUCAGGAACAAGCACAGAAUGGCCCGAGACCAUUGAGCAGUCUACAAAUUGCUAAUUAACUGAUAUGAAAGGUUUCAGAUUGUUAUCCAUAACUAAAUGAUAACAGUGUAACUGCAGAUUCCACACAAAGUUUUAUAUGGUGGAGAAUUUGUUAAUGGAAUUGGGAACUUACAUGUGUAUCUAUAUUUUAUCCUAACAAAUCUUAAAAGAACAGAUUUACCUAAACAUCUUAUUUUUAUGAUAUGAAA